CAAUCCAUGCAACAUGACUACCAGGAUCACUGGACGUAGCCGAUGCCGAAACAGAUGGGCGGAUUUACCGCCGGAACUGCUAGAGAAGAUCGGAGAACACCUCCAAUCUCGCAUUGACGUUUUCCGUUACAGAGCCGUUUGCACGUCAUGGAGGUCUACCAUUUCUCUCUCUUCUCCUUCUUCAUCCACCUCCAAUUUCGACGCUUUCAUGUCUCCCGUUACUAUCUGCCGCCUCGAACACCAAAACCACCGUAGCUCCGCCUGUUUGGUCAAGGUCGUCCAAACACCCCGAGGUAAUUUCGAAGUUUUAAACCCUCUUACCAUUCCCAAACCGGAUUUUAUUCUUGGUAAGACUCUUAAUUUGUUGGAAUAUCGGUUGUUUGAACUGGCAAAAGGUUUGCAUUUUGAUUCGAGUUUUACAAGUGAUGAUUUGAAUGUUCAGAAAGCUGUUGUGUUUCGUGAUUGUGGAGUUGUUGCUAUUUAUGAUUUUGGGAAAUUAGGGUUUAGAGUUUCUGGGGAUAAAAAAUGGACUGAAUUGGGGAAAGCUAUACCUCGUUAUGAUGAUAUACUGGUGUAUCAGGGAGAAUAUUAUGUGAUGGAUAGAUUUGGUAUGGUUUCCUUGAUUGAUAAAGCUAUGAAUCUUGUAAAAUAUUUUCCCCCACUUAAUUCUUUGGCGAGUAUCGGUAAGCAGAAAAAUUUGGUUGAAUCAGAUGGGAAUUUGUAUGUAGUUGAUACUUAUUUUGGUGGGCGUAAUAUUGUGGACGAUGAUGGGGAUGUAAUUGGUAGUAAACAAGAAAGGGUAGAUAUGAAAGUGUAUAAGCUAGAUGAGAAAUGGGGGACUUGGGUUCUAGUUAAUUCGUUGGAUGACCGAAUAUUUGUUCUUGGAAAAGAUGUUUGUUUCUCUGUUUCAGUCAAUGAUUUUCCCGGCUGUGAAGGGAAUUGCAUAUAUUUGAUUGAUUCUUCAUAUUUGGAAGAAGAUUUGGACGGUUAUCGAUUUGAUGAUGAAGAAAUGGAAUGCACUUGUGAUAGUCUCUUUAGACCAUAUUGA